AUGGUGAACAAUUCUGCUUGGCUGCCAUUGCUGAUAUUAUGGAAUGUGCCAAGGGAAACAGAAUGUCUGACACCCCCCCACAGUGUGAAGUAUGCUUCGUAUGAGGUGACCACCCCAAGGAGAGUGAUGCCAAGAUACGGACAACAAGAGACUCCAGAGGUCACCUACCAUUUGCAGAUUGAGGGGAAAGGGCACAUGAUGCACCUGAGGGAAAAGAAGGGCUUUGUUCCCCUGAACUUUCCACUCUUCAGCUACUCCAGGCAAGGAGAACUCCAGGUAGACUAUCCAUUUAUUAGGAGAAACUGUUUCUACCAGGGUUAUAUCGAGGGAAAGCCUUCUUCAUUGGUCACUGUAAGCACUUGCUCUGGGGGAUUUAGAGGUCUAUUUCAAUUAGAAAAUAAAACCUAUGAGAUUGAACCUGUCCAGGCAUCUCCUACCUUUCAACAUGUAGUGUAUCGGCUGGAAGAAAAGGAGAUCGAUAGCAAUGUGAAGUGUGGACUAACAGAAGAAGAACAAAAUCGUCAAAUGGCCAUGAUACAGAACUCACGCAAGCUUGUCAACGAAAGUAUUUCUGGAAGAAGCUGGUGGAUGGAUACUAGGUUUUUGGAGAUUGCAGUUGUGGUAGAAUACGACCGAUAUGUGGAUUUUGACAAAAAUGAAACUUUUAUUACUUUACUAUUUCUGGAUCUUGUCCAUGCAAUAAAUUCAAGGUAUGAACCGCUUUCUGUUCAUUUGACUUUAGUUGGACUGGAGAUAUGGUCACAGAGGAACCUCAUAUCAAUUAGCGAUAGCAUAGGAACGACACUUACAACUUUCAGUCGUUGGAGAAGAGAUUCACUACUUAAACACCUGGAGAGUGACCUUGCCUAUCUAUUUGCAUAUCGAUAUUUCAAAGGAAUGGCUGGAUUAGCCUCUCUAGGAACAGUUUGUGAUGCUGAGAAUGGAACUGGUAUUGUUUCAUUUUUUACCUACAGCUUUUCUGAAUAUUCCAUGGUGUUUGCCCAUGAAUUAGGACACAAUCUUGGCAUGAGACAUGAUGGAAACCAGUGUGGUUGUGAUCGAGCAGUGUGUAUUAUGACAGAGAGUCUCACAAAUGGUUAUAAAUUUAGCAACUGCAGUCACUAUGAUUAUUAUCAGCUGAUGAACUCUCACUGCUUGAUAUUGCCCCCAGAUCCUGAAAGAGCAUAUAGACAGAGGCGAUGUGGAAACAAAAUAGUAGAAGAUGGAGAACAAUGUGACUGUGGUUCCAAAGCUGAAUGUGAAUCUGAUCAAUGUUGUCAGUCUGAUUGCAAAAUGCGUUCAGGUGUCAUUUGUGCUAUUGGAGACUGCUGUGUGAAUUGUAACUAUAUUCCUGCUCAGGUUCCGUGCAGAAAAAAUACCAGUGUCUGUGAUCUCCCUGAGUAUUGCAAUGGAAGUUCAGAGUGGUGUCCUGAUAAUGUUUAUGUACAAGAUGGUGCACCAUGCGGUGAGGGGUUAUAUUGUUAUCGUGGGAAAUGUAUACCUCCCAAUGAGCAAUGUAAAAUGAUGUUUGGCAUCAGAUCCACAGCUGCUUCAGAAGGUUGCUUCAGAAAUGUGAAUUCUAAAGGUGAUCGUUUUGGCAACUGUGGCUUUAAAAAUGGAACAUACACAAAAUGUUUACAUAGACAUGUCAUGUGUGGCCGAAUGCAGUGUGAAAGAAUCCAUGAUUUGGGGAUUUUGCAGGAACACUGGACAUUAGUUCACACAGACACUGGAAACAGAGAAUGCUGGGGUUUAGACUAUCACCAUGGAAUGAACUUAACUGAUAUUGGAACCGUGAGAGAUGGCACUCCUUGUGGUCCUGACAGCAUAUGCAUUGAUCAGAAAUGUGAGACAGUAGCUUCUUUGAAUUAUGACUGUGAUUUUGGUCAAUGUUAUAACCGUGGAAUAUGCAACAGCCGUAAACACUGCCAUUGUGAUUAUGGUUGGGCCCCUCCCAAAUGUUUAAAUAAAGGAUUUGGUGGGAGCAUUGACAGUGGUCCUCCUCCUCGACAGAAACGUAAGCUUAUUAUGAGUAGUAAAGCAAAAUUAUUUAGCUAUAUAUUUCUCCCCGUUGUUGCAGUUAUUACUUGUUUUAUUAUUGUUUUUAGGAAUGACUUGAUAUUCCUCUAUGCAAGAAUGAAAGAAAGGAUACAGGCACGUAGGAAAAAACAUAUUGAAAAGUACCGAAGAGGUAAAGAUUUGACAGCCAUACAGAUGCGAAUGAUGCAAAAUGCAUAA